AAAAUGAGUUGGUGGAUCAGUAGAUGCUGGCUGUGUAUAUGUGAGCUGACUUCUUGUGUUUAGGAAUCGCUCCUGAGGAGGUGAAGGAGGUCUACAUGGGCAAUGUGCUUCAGGCAGGAGAAGGACAGGCCCCCACGAGACAAGCCUUGCUUGGUGCAGGCUUGACCCUCGGCACUCCAGCAACAACCAUCAACAAAGUCUGUGCCUCUGGGAUGAAGUCCAUCAUGAUGGCAUCCCAGAGUCUAAUGUGUGGACAUCAGGAUGUGAUGGUGGCAGGAGGAAUGGAGAGCAUGUCCAACGUACCUUACGUGAUGACCAGAGAGACCCCAACCUAUGAAGGAGUGAGGAUGGAAGACCUCAUUGUCAAAGAUGGACUCACUGAUGUCUAUAACAAAUUUCACAUGGGAAACUGUGCAGAAAACACGGCCAAAAACUCCAACAUCACCAGGGAGGAACAGGACGCCUUCGCCAUCGGCUCAUACAGCCGCAGCAAGGCGGCGUAUGAGUCUGGCGUGCUGGCCAAGGAGAUUGUACCAGUCAGCAUUCCCCAGAGAGGCAAACCUGAUGUGGUCGUGUGUGAAGACGAGGAGUGGAGGAAGGUCGACUUCAGCAAAGUCCCCAAACUGAGGGCAGUCUUCCAGAGAGAAAACGGUCAAUAUGUAGUUGUUAAUAAUGUUUUUCUUUCAUUCAUUAAGCCACAAAAAGUUAAAUUUCGCUUCUGCUUAUCGGUUUCUAAAAGAUACAUAUAUAUUGUAAUGUACGUCACGUAUCAACGUUACUGCGCCUGUGUUUUGAUAGGAGCUAGCACGUGGCAUGCAUGCUAACGUCCAAGUGAAACA